CAGGAUCAACGCGCAUGCGCACAGACACUUUCCUUUCCACCCUGUCCCCGUGUACUUUCACUCUGAGCUUGCUUGGUCUGUCGCUACAGUUUUUCACUCGAGAUUUUAACCAGAACGCAACAUAAAAUCGGAUUGAAAGCUGUGCUGAUUUGCUACGGACAAGCGGUUGCUGACUUUAACCUAUUUUAGUCGAGCACUAAUUAACAAAAAUAACUGUGAAUAACAUGGUUAGCUAACUGAGAAGCAACAACAACAAUGUUCUGGCGCUCAUAGUAAGCUGUCACCAGUUUACGGUGACCUCCAAGACAGGCUGCAGCAGACCUCACGACAUGGAGCGGCCUGCGCUCAAACAGAACCAGGUGUGCGGCUCUUGGGAGAUGAAGGAGAGACUCGGCACGGGAGGCUUUGGGCACGUCUACCUAUACCAGAACCUUCAGGACACUGGAGCGAAGAUCGCUGUGAAAAUCUGUCGCUUGGAUCUGAGCUGUAAGAAUAAAGAGCGAUGGAGUCGAGAGAUUCAGAUAAUGAAGAAGCUGAACCAUGGGAAUAUCGUUCAGGCCAGAGAGGUGCCAGAAGAGUUGACCCCCAUCGCUGUAAACGAUCUCCCACUGCUGGCCAUGGAGUAUUGCUCAAGAGGAGAUCUACGCAAGGUGCUGAAUAAACCAGAAAAUUGCUGUGGCCUGAAGGAGAGUGAGGUCCUCUCACUGCUCAGAGACAUGGGUUCUGGUAUUCAGUAUCUCCAUGAAAAUAAGAUCAUUCACAGGGACCUUAAGCCAGAGAACAUUGUCCUGCAAGAGGUUGAUGGAAAGCUUAUUCAUAAAAUCAUAGACCUGGGAUAUGCAAAAGAUCUGGAUCAGGGAAGUCUAUGUACUUCUUUUGCUGGCACUCUCCAGUAUCUGGCCCCAGAGCUGUUUGAGAGCAUUCCUUACACUGUGACCGUGGACUACUGGAGUUUUGGGACAGUGAUCUUCGAAUGUACAUGUGGUUUUCGGCCGUUUCUGCACCACAUGCAGCCAGUACAGUGGACAUGCAAAGUGAAGAACAAAGGUCCAAAAGACAUCAUGGCAGUUGAGGACAUGAAUGGAGAAGUUCGAUUCUCAUCUCAUCUGCCAUAUCCCAACAAUCUCAGCAGGCCGCUUCUGGAACCAGUGGAGACUCUUCUUCAGACGUUGCUGCUUUGGGACCCCGCGGCACGCGGUGGAGGACUAGAUCCUGAAACGAACAAACCGUACUGUCACACCAUUCUGCAGAAUAUCCUCAGCAUGAAGGUUUUUCAUGUCUUGGACAUGACCUCAGCCCAGCUGCACUCCAUGGUUUUGGGCACUGAGGAGAGUUUACACUCCCUGCAGCUUCGCUUGGAAGCUGACACCCAGGCUCACAUCUCUCCGCUGAAUCAAGAGCUUCUGAUGGACACGGGAGUCUCCCUGGAUCCGCGCAGACCACCUGCACAGUGUCUGCCAGAUGGUUUGCGUGGCUGGGACAGCUGCAUAGUCUUCAUGUUUGAUAAGAGCCUCACUAAGUACUCCGGACCCCUGACUGCCAGGCCACUACCAGACAGUGUCAACUUUAUAGUCAGGGAGACUAAAACACAGCUGCCCCUCUCCACUCUUAGAAAGGUUUGGGGUGAAGCAGUCAGCUACAUAUGCGGACUGAAAGAGGACUACCUCCGCCUGUACCAAGGGCAGAGGGCUGCCAUGCUGAGUCUGCUACGUUAUAACAUCAACUUAACAAGCUACAAGAACCUGCUGUUCUCCCAUUCUCAGCAGCUCCAAGCCAAACUGGCUUUCUUUAAGACCAGCAUCCAGUAUGACCUGGAGCAGUAUGCCAAGCAGAGGGACAGUGGUGUUUCAUCGGAAAAAAUGUUAAGGACAUGGAAUGAAAAUGAAGAGAAGGCUGAUGAUUUGGCAAAGGUUGCAGAUGUGAGGUACCUGGAUGAGGAGAUUGUGGCUCUACACUCUGAGAUUGUGGAGCUACAGAGAAGCCCGUUCGCAUGGAGACAAGGGGAUGUGAUGGAACAGCUGGAAUCAACAGCUAUUGAACUCUACAAGCAACUAAAAGCAAAAUGCAAAAGUCCUGACCCUCCUCAUGGCUACAGCGAUAGCUCAGAUAUGGUUAAAACUAUACUCAAAACAGUCCAGAACCAGGACAGAGUGCUGAAAGACCUGUACUCUCAUCUAAGCACAAUCCUGGUUUGCAAAAGACGUAUCGUGGAUUUGUUCCCUAAGCUAAAAGGGGCAGUAGAAAACAUAAAAACAGCCGAGGCAGCAGUCACACAGAUGCAAAUGAAGAGACAGAAAGAAUUCUGGUACCUUCUCAAGAUGGCUUGUACCAAGGGCACUUCUCCUUCUCCAUCACUUAUAGAACAAGUCUCUGAUGGUCAAACAGUUAAUCAACUCCUGGAUGAAAAUCAACAUUAUCUGAGUCACCUCACUUCACUGCUGCAAGAUGCUACCCAGAAGAUGGAGCCUAGCGUUAUGGAUCUGGACUGGAGCUGGACUCAGUUUGAAGUGAUGAAAAAUGACUCUCACAAGCUUCAAAAAGCUCCCAAAGAAAACACACUCUAAGUGCAUCGCAGAGUUACGCUAUAUGAAAGCUUUGUGUUUCCAAUGAGUGUCAGUUACAUGGAUGUAUUGCUGUAAGACAGUAUUGUCAAAAACAUCAUGGCCUGGUAAGCUAUGCGCGUUAUCAUUUGACAAAUUGUAACUAACAGAUUCAAUGAAUGUUAAAGUAUUUUUCCAGCAGUGGAACCAACAUUUUUAUUUUUAUUGUAUUAUUAAUCAGAGUGAACCAUUGCUGCUGAAAAGGUGUGAAUGACGGGAUGGAAAUAAAGUUUUGUC